CUCCAGCGGUCAGCGCAGUGCUGUCUCGCGAGUGUCAUAAAAAGAAAAUCGUAAAAAACUGUAUGAGUAUUGUGUUAAAUAAACUGUAUUUGUUGACGUCUGUGUUUAUUAUUACGUAAACUAUUGAAUGGGAAAUCGUCAAGGUGCCGGCAGAUCUUCAUCUCGUUUAUACAGAUCCGUCAAGAUAUGAGCAACCAAUCCUGACGCCGGGCUAGCCGACGAAGAUAAUUUGAACCAAUCAAGAUGUCACACCAUUUAGUAACAGUUUGCAUGUUCUGCCUCUUAUGUGCAGCACACACAUGCGGGUCACACGUUGAUAUAAAUAAUGAUUUACACACUUACGAGCCAAAGCUCCAAAUUGAACAUGCAACGUUUAACCUUGAGAAAAGAAAGAUAGAGUCCAAAUUGCGAUACCACCAGCGACACCAGAAAAUAAGACAGCGAAGGGAAGUCAGAAAUCUCAAUCCAGAAGCGUAUGUUGAACAGAUCUUCAGGAUAUACGGUGAUGCUGGCUCCAUGACGAUGAACAUGACAGGUUUUAAUAAGAUGCUGGAAGGAUUGGACUUUCAUAAGCUCAUCGAGGGUGGUCUCCAGAAGAUAGAGAAGAAGGAAUAUAUUUAUGGGCAGAGUGGAGCCAAAGAAGAUAUCGUCAAUUGUGUUAGCAGUGUAGAACUGGUCACAACGGUCAACACGAGGUUAAAACCUCACGGUCAUGAUCAUGAUCACGAUGACCACGAAACAGAAGACCUCAUUUCUGAGGAAACUUUUCAAGCUAUUUGUCCUAUAUUGUUAUACCAAAAAUUAGCCAAUUCCUCUAUAGAAAGGUACGGAUGCGUGAAAGAAGCAUAUCUAGACAGCAGACGACAAGAUAACAGAGAGAUUAAACAUGUAGAGAAAGAGAACGCGUACUCCAAAAAUAUGUUCGCAGUAUGGCUCUACUCGUCGCUCAGUAUAACAGCGAUCAGCGCCUGUGGACUGUUAGGUGUCGCUGUCAUCCCCAUCAUGCAUAAAACAUAUUACAAUCACCUCCUACAAUUCUUGGUAGCUUUAGCUGUAGGUACCCUGUGUGGGGAUGCAUUAUUGCAUUUGAUGCCUCACGCCAUGAGCCCCAUGGAAGAUGAUCACGAUAGCGGACACGCCCUUGAAUCAAGAGUAUCCCACGACGAUGGUAUGUGGAAAGGAUUAGCUGCCAUGCUUGGUGUUGUUUUCUUCUAUUUCAUGGAAAAGGGCUUAACGGUCGUCGUUGAAUGGCGCAAACGUAGACAAAAGUUGGAGGACGAUAAACUACCGUCUAGAGUAAGGGUUUUGAAAGACGAGACAGUUGGAGGCUGUUCAGGGGGAUCGAAGGCACCAAUAACGAACACAACAUCGAAUUCCCUCAUGAAAAUAUUCAAAAGGGACGAAAAGGGUGAUCCCACGACAAAAACGUGUAAACACAAAUAUUCGGAAUAUCCGUAUUGCUAUGACGAGAUCGAUACGGACACUCAUGAUGACCACCAUUUGAGGGACGGUCUGCCCCCAAGUCCGAAAGCGAAUAAAAACCACAACAAUUCAGUGAGUGUUGUGUCAUCGAACGCUCUGAACCCAGAAGGGAAAGAAAACGAGCCGACGGCAAAGGAUUGGCUUCUGAAAGCCGAAUCGACUCCAGCGGUUGUUGAAAUGAAUAAUAUUAAACAUAAGGAAGACGGCGCGAAAGAUUUGAAAGAUGGCGACAGCUACACUGUUAUACUCAGGGAGCACUCCCGCGCGCACCACGGCCACUCGCACGCGCACGGCCACGUGCACGCACCGCCCUCCUCCCUGUCGUCCGUCGCCUGGAUGGUCAUCAUGGGGGAUGGAUUGCACAACUUUACGGACGGAAUGGCUAUCGGAGCCGCAUUCGCGUCUAAUAUAGCCGGUGGAUUUUCCACUGCCAUCGCUGUUCUGUGUCACGAGCUGCCGCACGAAUUGGGUGACUUCGCAGUGCUCCUAAAAGCUGGUAUGUCGGUCAAACGCGCCGUUUGCUACAACGUUCUGUCGUCUGCACUGUGUCUCGCGGGCAUGGUGUGCGGAGUGCUGGCGGGUCACGCUCCAAGCGCGACGAGGUGGCUGUUCGCGGCUGCGGCUGGCAUGUUCCUCUAUAUCGCACUUGUGGAUAUGAUGCCCGAACUAAGCACGUCGCACAGCAAAGAGGGUACACUAUGCCAGUGCAUCCUACAGCUAAUGGGAUUAGCGAGUGGAAUUGGCAUAAUGCUCGUCAUAGCCCUCUACGAGCAUGACUUGAAGAAUUUAUUCGGUUAAUAUGGAAACAGUGCAACUAACCAGAGAUAGUGUUAAGUGUCAAGUGAUUGGAGAUAUGUGUAAAGUGAUGAGUUCCCAUGUAACGGUCAUAUUGAUCGUCAAUUGAAAAUGUUAAUGGAUUUGUGAUGAACUUAGGUAAAGCUCAAAUUACUUAUUUUUCUUAGGCGUCAAACUUAAACAGUUCUAUGAUGAUUUGUACUGUAAUUUUAGAAAUGUCUUCAUAAAUUCAUUUUUAUUUAUGUCAAUUCUAUAAUUUUUUAACUCUGUGUUUGAAUUGUAAAACUAUAAAAAAAAUUAUGGUACAAAUUAUUAAAGUUACCUAUUUCUUCUCGAAUAUGCUCCGUAAAUGCUACUUAACCUAACCAUACAUAAUUGAUAUACAUAAAUAUAAUUAUUAAUUAUUAAAAUGGUCUUAAGUUACUAUUAUUAUAUAUAUAUAAUGUUAUGUAUAACAAUAAAUAAAUAGAUUAGCUUCAAAGAGUUACUUUGACAAAA